AUGGCGCCUUCAGCACCCGAGAUGCUCUCCCCGGCUGCGUUCUUCACCACCCUUCUCUAUUUGGUGAAUCUCGAGCAGAGCUCCGAGAUCGCCGAGACGUCCCUUCUCUUGUCGUCUACGCCACCCACGACCCUUUCCCGUGCCGGACUUGCGAUCCUCAACCUCUCAGUCCACUCCCUGAAGACUGGGCUCGGAGGCCGUAGUGUGGUUGAGCUCGGCCUCGAUCCGGCCGUCGUGAGCAAGGAUUCCAAGGGUGAGUUGCCCGAGCACGGGAUUCGUACAGGGGAUAUCGUGCGGGUCGGGGAGAUCCCGAAGGGAACAGCGAGAAAGAAGGAAGCCGCAGAGUUGAAAGGAAAGGGGGUUGAAGGGGUGGUGGUUCGCGUCGGUGAGAGGGCUGUUUGGGUCGCGCUGGGCAAGGAUGGUGGCGGGAGCGAGAAUGUCGAAGAGGUGCCGGACGGCAAAUUGUGGCUAGUCAAACUUGCGAACGAUGUCACUUACAAGAGAAUGAACCAAACCUUGACUAAACUUCUCAAGACACCCGAAUCGUCAUACACGACCCUCCAGCGCGUCAUCCUAGGCCUUUCCUCCCCAGGCACAGCUGACUCGUCUCAAUCGAGCGACAUCACGUUCUUUGACCCGACAUUAAACCCUUCGCAAAAGGACGCCAUCCGCUUCGUCCUCUCCUCGCCGGAGAUAGGGCUCAUCCACGGCCCGCCUGGUACGGGAAAGACCUACACGCUUAUCGAACUGAUCCUGCAGCUUCUCAAGCGUAACCAACGUGUUCUAGUGUGCGGACCCAGCAACAUCAGCGUUGACAACAUCGUCGAACGGCUUUCCUUGACCUCCCCUAGUACACCAAUCGUUCGUCUAGGUCAUCCGGCCCGCCUCUUACCAAGUGUCUUGAACCACUCGCUCGAAGUGUUGACCCGAACGAGCGAAGCAGCGGCCAUUGUAAGCGAUGUGCGAAAGGAAAUGGACGAAAAGCAGGCGUCAAUUCGGAAGACUCGUAAUGGCCGCGAACGACGCGCGAUUUACGCCGAUUUGAAAGAACUAAGGAAAGAGUACCGGGAGAGGGAGGGGAAGUGCAUACAUGGGCUGGUGAGCGGCAGCAAAGUCGUGCUGUCGACACUUCAUGGUGCAGGGAGUUAUCAAGUCCGUAAUCAGGAAUUCGACGUCGUGGUGAUUGAUGAGGCGAGUCAGGCUCUCGAGCCACAAUGCUGGAUUCCGCUGGUCUUCGGAGGAUCCAACGUGAAAAAGUUAGUCUUAGCGGGUGAUCAUCUGCAGUUACCGCCAACGGUCAAGAGUGCAGACAAUAAAGACAGCAAGGAGCAAAAGAAAUCCGUGACCCAGAGUCUGGAAGAAGACCUUGCAAAGCUAUCUGUCAAGGACGAGGAAGUAAAGACAGCGAAGAGUUGGUCCUUGGAAACAACAAUGUUUGAUCGGCUCUUAGCCACACACGGAUCUGGGAUCAAGAGACUGCUCAAUACGCAGUACCGGAUGCAUGAGAAGAUCAUGCAGUUUCCAAGCGACGAGCUGUACGAAGGGAAGCUUGUCGCGGCCGAUGCUGUAAAAUCCCGACUCUUGAGGGACCUGCCAUAUGCAGUAAAAGAGACCGAAGACACCGUCGAACCCCUUGUGUUCUUCGACACGCAAGGAGGUGAUUUCCCUGAGAAGACCGAAGACGAUUCAGGUGGCCAGAUUCACAAAUCGACCUUGCUGGGAGACAGCAAGAGCAAUGAAAUGGAAGCGGCUGUGGCCGCCAUGCAUGUGAAGAAUCUGGUUGAAGCCGGAGUCAAGGACGAAGACAUUGCAGUGGUCACGCCUUACAACGCACAGGUCGCCCUUCUCAGCUCCAUGCUCAAGGAGAAGUUUCCAAACCUUGAACUCGGCAGUGUCGAUGGCUUUCAGGGCCGAGAGAAAGAGGCCGUCGUUGUCAGUCUGGUCAGAAGCAACGCUGCAAAGGAGGUGGGCUUCUUGGGUGAGAAAAGGAGAUUAAACGGUAGGUCCAAUCUCCCCUAA